ACCGAGUUAAUUAACCUAAUACGAACGAAAAACCGAAAAAAAAAAAAAAAAAAAACAAACAAACUCUUGGCAGAACACCAAAUGCACAGUUGAGCAGGCAACGAAACGUCUUUGGAAGCUGCCACGCGCGCUCAAUAGGGGCCAACAGCUGCCUCCGGUUGUUGCAACAAAUUAAGGUAACAACAUACCCGAAAGUCACAAAAAAAAAAGAAAAAUAAAAGAAACGCGCAUUCGAUAAAAAAGAGAAAAGUGGAGAAGAGAAGGAAAACAACUCGAAAAACUUACAAGUGGAAAAUUCUCACCGAAUUUGUUGCGAAAGCAAAUAGCAAUACAAAAUGCAUUCGAGGCUAAAAUUCUUGGCAUAUUUACAUUUAAUGUGCGCUGGCAGCAUUUGUUGGCUGGAAUUUAGCGCAGCUCAGCUACAGCAGCAGCAACAACAACAAUUGCAACAACAAUCUGCAUCGUUAACCGAGAAAAUACCAUUAGGCGCCAUCUUCGAGCAGGGCACGGACGAUGUGCAAUCAGCCUUUAAAUAUGCAAUGCUCAAUCACAAUCUGAAUGUCAGUGCGCGUCGCUUUGAGCUGCAGGCGUACGUUGAUGUCAUCAAUACGGCGGAUGCAUUCAAAUUAUCGCGCUUGAUUUGCAAUCAAUUCUCGCGCGGAGUCUACUCAAUGCUGGGCGCCGUAUCGCCGGACUCGUUUGACACAUUGCACUCCUAUUCGAAUACGUUCCAAAUGCCAUUCGUGACGCCCUGGUUUCCGGAAAAGGUGCUCGCCCCGUCAUCAGGCCUGUUGGAUUUCGCAAUCAGCAUGCGUCCGGAUUAUCAUCAGGCAAUUAUUGAUACCAUACAGUACUACGGCUGGCAAAGCAUUAUUUAUCUGUACGAUUCGCACGAUGGCUUACUGCGCCUGCAGCAAAUCUAUCAAGAACUGAAGCCCGGAAAUGAAACAUUUCGUGUGCAAAUGGUCAAACGCAUCGCCAACGUAACGAUGGCCAUUGAAUUUUUGCACACGAUGGAGGAUUUGGGGCGCUUCAGCAAAAAGCGCAUCGUGCUCGACUGCCCGGCGGAAAUGGCCAAAGAGAUCAUCAUACAGCAUGUGCGGGACGUAAAGCUUGGCAGGCGCACCUAUCAUUACCUGCUCAGCGGCCUGGUCAUGGAUAACCACUGGCCCAGCGACGUUGUGGAGUUUGGAGCCAUCAACAUCACCGGCUUUCGCAUUGUGGACACUAAUCGGCGCGCCUUGCGUGAUUUCCAUGACAGCCGGAAGCGCUUAGAGCCGGCGAGUGGUGCUGGCACAGCAGGCGGCGCCAGUCAGCCAGCUAUUUCGGCCCAGGCAGCACUCAUGUACGAUGCGGUCUUUGUGCUUGUCGAGGCCUUCAAUCGCAUUCUGCGCAAGAAGCCGGAUCAGUUUCGUGCCAAUCAUCUGCAGCGGCGGAGUCAUGCGGGCGGCGCAGGCGGCGCCAACUCGCUGAACGAAUCGAGCGCCCUGUUGGACUGCAGCACAUCCAAGGGCUGGGUCACGCCCUGGGAGCAGGGAGAGAAAAUCUCACGGGUGCUGCGCAAGGUGGAAAUCGAUGGAUUGACUGGCGCUGUGCGCUUUGAUGAUGACGGGCGGCGAGUGAACUACACCUUGCAGGUGGUGGAGAUGUCGGUGAACAGCACGCUGCAACAGGUGGCCGAGUGGCGGGACGAUAUCGGCUUCCUGCCGUUCCACGGCCAUCGCAGCCAUGGCAGCAGCUCGCGCAGCACAACGGCCGCCAGCAAUGGGGAUUAUACACGCAAUCACACGUACAUCGUGACCAGUGUGCUGGAGGAGCCAUAUCUAAUGCAUAAGGCCAGCUACGGCCAGCAGCUGGUUGGCAACGAACGCUUUGAGGGAUAUUGCAAGGAUAUGGCCGAGCUGAUUGCCAACAGGCUGGGCAUUAAAUUUGAGCUGCGACUGGUGCAGGACGGCAACUACGGCUCCGAGAAUCAGUUCGCACCCGGCGGCUGGGAUGGCAUGGUGGGUGAGCUGGUGCGCAAGGAGGCGGACAUGGCGAUUGCAGCGAUGACGAUUACGGCGGAACGGGAGCGCGUCAUAGACUUUACCAAGCCCUUCAUGUCCCUGGGCAUCUCCAUAAUGAUUAAGAAGCCAGUGAAACAAACUCCAGGCGUCUUCAGUUUUCUGAAUCCGCUCUCGCAGGAGAUAUGGAUAAGUGUCAUCUUGAGUUACGUCGGCGUAAGCCUUGUGCUUUACUUUGUCACGCGGCUGCCGCCCCACGAGUGGCGCAUCGUGCGUCGCUCGACCAGUGAAACGAAUUCACAGCAACAGCCACCGGGCAUCAUUGGUGGUGUCCACUUGAGCGAACCACCGGAGCCACAUCAGCCAGCAGCAGCACCACUCAACGAGUUUAGUCUGCUCAACUCGUUUUGGUACUCGCUGGCUGCCUUCAUGCAGCAGGGCUGCGACCUGACACCGCCCUCGAUAGCCGGACGCAUUGCUGCCGCCGUUUGGUGGUUCUUCACCAUCAUUUUGAUCUCGUCCUACACAGCCAAUUUGGCUGCAUUCCUCACAGUCGAGCGCAUGGUGGCGCCCAUCAAAUCGCCCGAGGAUCUGGCCAUGCAAACCGACGUCCAGUACGGCACACUGCUGCACGGCUCCACUUGGGACUUCUUUCAUCGCUCGAAGAUUGGAUUGCAUACCAAAAUGUGGGAGUACAUGAACGCCAAUCCGCACCUGUCCGUGCGCACCUACGACGAGGGCAUCCGACGUGUGCGCACCUCCAAGGGCAAGUACGCCCUGCUCGUGGAGUCGCCAAAGAAUGAAUAUGUUAACGCGCGCGCUCCCUGCGACACCAUGAAGGUGGGGCGCAACAUAGACACCAAGGGCUUUGGCAUAGCCACGCCCAUUGGUUCGCCACUGCGGAAUCGUCUCAAUCUGGCUGUGCUGUCGCUCAAGGAGAACGGCGAGCUGCUCAAGCUGCGCAACAAAUGGUGGUUUGACAAAACCGAAUGUAAUCCCAAUUUGGACAGCCAGGAGACGAGCACACCCAACGAGCUCUCGCUGAGCAAUGUGGCCGGCAUCUAUUACAUAUUAAUUGGCGGUCUGCUGCUCGCCGUCCUGGUGGCCAUACUCGAGUUUAUUUGCCGCAGCAAGACGUCGCGUCACAAGCUGCCAGCCAAUGGCUCCACUGGCGGCGGCAUGUUGGGCUCCUCUACAUAUCAGCGGGACUCUCUCUCGGAUGCCAUCAUGCAGUCCCAGGCCAAGCUCGCCAUGCAGGCRGGCAGCGACUACGACGAGCGUCUGGUGGGCGUUGAGCUGGCGUCCAAUGUGCGCUAUCAGUACAGCAUGUAAAUGCAGUUGGUCUCCAAGUAAACUUGUAUAUAGGAUUUGAAACGCAUUAACUAACUAAACGACGCUGGCAAUCAAUGGCAAAUUUAGAGACGGAUCAGUUGGGAGUUGGCAUUCGGCAAGAGGCGGAAGCAGAGGCGGAGGCGGAGGCGACGGCGGCGGCGUUCUAAAACUGUACAGCAUAAUUAUUUGUAUUUUUGAUAAAUGUUUACAUUGGGAUUGCAUAAUAACUAAAUGGAAGUAGCUGUAAUUAGCGCUUAAGUCAAAAAUUAUUCAAAAUAAUAAAGCGUAACAUUUAAGCAGAGUGA